CGCAAGAGUGUUGGUGCCAAAUUCUUCAGGGUGAGUACAGCAUGCUGAAGUUCCGCUUGCCGUACACACAUAAAAAAAUUGGAUUUGGUGACAGUAGUCGUAAGGUAAAUUCGAGUUUGAUAGGUCCCGAUGGCACCGUGAAUUAUCUGCGUGGAGACAUCCUUCUCCCUAUUUGGACCCGUCCGACAAGCACAGAAGGGCGUCUGGUGGUCCCACGGGGAGCCCAUCGGGUGCCGUACAAAGUCGCUCAAGUAGAGAAUUGCUUUUUUUUCUUUAAUGCACGUGUACGGGAACAGGUGCAUUUUAACCACAUUCUCUUGCCAGACGAGAACCUUGACCAUCACUACGAUGCGGCAGCGGAAGUAAAUUGCCUCCUCAAAUAUCUGCAAUUUUUACACCCGGAACUGAGGGAGGCCUCGGCGGCUGUCUUGCGUCGCGAGGUCAAACAUAUCUCAACUUCUAUCACCGCGCAUCUGCGUGUCAAUUUCCAGGACGUUGUUCGUCGUCGAGAGUAUCUUUUGUUGAAACAGGCGCGUAGUGGACAAAGCGAAGAAGAGGGCGAUGAAAGUGACAAUGAGGCGGUUGAUGCCGACACAGCGCCCAACUGUGGGGCCCAGCUUGGCUCUUCAUGGGAAACAUUUGCGAAGGAAAUCAUUCAGGCAGCCUCAAAGGAGCGAGCACGCGUUGUGUGGAGGCGAAAUGUGGAAGAGACGGGGUCGGAUGUUCGUAGUGGUUUUUGGGUGACAACCAUCAUGCGGCAGUAA